AUGGCCGAGAGUUAUCAAGCUUCAAUCGCUCUAGCACCGCCGAACGCUGAGGGAGGGAUUAUCUGCGAUAAGUGCAAGGCCAUAGAUUUCCGUAAAGCCUUGGCAGUACCGCCGGCCAACCUCCGCGAGGCCAUAGGCCGGAAAUGCGGUGUUCUGCUUGAUACGGACGCUUCGCGGUAUGCGCGCUCGCUAAACACCGACUGUAGGCUUUGCCGCAUUUUGCGUUCCACGAUAUGCUGGUAUCAUGGCCAGUGGUCGGAUCCUGAUAUGCAGGCCGGACAGGAUACUAUCGACAAGUUUGAGUUAUACGCGUUCGCUUCCUCGAGAAAUGUGCCCUGGGGAUUUAGAAAACCAGGACCCGAUCAAGAUUGUCAUAUCCUCAUUACCCUUCCUGCUGGCUUCUUUGCUAGUUUCGGGGAUCAUUCUAGGGAGUGUGGCCGGGGUGACGCAGGAUAUGUAUUCUGCUUUGCGGAACCUACUAAGCCGGGUCUCUUUAGGCCCCAAAUAAUUCCCCGACAAUUUGAUUAUCAACGUGCCCGUCUCUGGUUGGAAUUUUGUAAGAAAUAUCAUGCGCAGCAAUGUUGUAGUACGGUGGAGAUUGUGCCGGGAAUGGAAUUGAUUGAUUGUGAGGCUUGGACAAUCGUGAAGGCGGAGCCGGGCAUGCGAUGGGUAGCCCUGAGCUACCUCUGGAGACAGGAAGAGAGAACCGAGGUGCCUUUAGAAGCUAGUCACGAGUCUUCGUCCUCAUGGCUCCCCUCUUCUGUUCCUAACUCCAUUAAAGACGCUGCUACAGUAGUGAAACAGCUCGGGUUACGAUAUCUUUGGGUAGACCGCUAUUGUAUCAACCAAAGUAAUGCGGAAGAAAAAGCUUUUCACAUUUCGCAGAUGGAUGCGAUCUACCGUGGUGCAGAACUGGUUAUUAUCACCGCGGCUGGGUCCGAUGAACGCUACGGGUUGCCGGGGGUUGGAUCUACGCCUCGCCUACAACAAGAAAUUGUUCAACUUGAGUCCUCUACGAUCUUCACUACCAGUCCCGACCCCCGCUGGCACGUGCAGGAGCAUUCUCGGUGGUGGACAAGAGGAUGGACGUUUCAAGAAGGGCUACUAGCUAAUCGACGCCUUGUGUUUACUGAGCAUCAGGCAUAUUUUGAAUGCCAUUGCGCAACUUGGAUGGAAUCGGUAGGCGGUCUCGAAUUCAUCCCAAACCCAGAGAAUAUCAGCUUAUCGAGUAUGAAAUCGGCGCGCAAACGCUUAUUCAAAUCUUUGGGGAAUACUAUAUCCGACAGACCGGACAUACCCCCGAGCGUCAGUGAGGAGGGAACUGAGAAGUCCAAUGGGGAUUACCUAGUUGCAAUUCGAAUUAGAGAGUGGUGUCACUUGGUUCAGCGGUAUACAGCACGGACACUAAGCCACGACUCAGAUUCGCUGAAUGCUUUCGCGGGAAUCGCACGGGUGCUGAGUAAACUCGAACCUGCUACUCUUCACCUCAUCGGUCUCCCAUAUGUCCUAUCAGCAGAUGAUACCGAGCUCAUCGAGAAGUAUUUCUUGAUAUCUUUCUGCUGGCAUCAUAGAGGAGAUAGUACUCCCAGGCGAAGACCAAAUUUCCCCUCUUGGACUUGGGCCGGCUGGGAGGGAUCCGUGGCAUGGAUGGGCGCUUGGAUACUUAAAAGCAGGGAGGAGUGUUUCCCUAAGUGGCGUAAUGUGCGUAUUCAGCACUCAACGGACCAGCCUCGCCCCAUUUCGGAGUACUUGGCGCAACACCGUUCGGCAGACUAUGGUAUUGCGCCACCCCUUUCAAUCAGCUUCGAAGCUAGGGUGGUCCCUUCGUCGCUUUUCCAGUUUAAUGUCAGAGAGCCUGGUGACGGCCGGCUGGCUUUCUCUAACAGAGGAAGCGAAGAAAACGCAAGCGACACUGAUAGCGAGGACGACGAUGAAGAUGAUAAUAGCAAUGAUAGUGAGGGUGAAUCUCACCGCGACGGCAACAAUAGCAACGAUGAUGGUAGUAAUGAUGAAACCCAGAACGAUGACGAAGACGACGAUGAGGAUAAUGAAGACUCGCUAGAAAACGAUACAGUUGUCGCCGAUCCGAAUGACUGGGUCUUGUGGACCAUCGAUAGACACGGCGUGCCCGAUCGGAUAGCAAAGCCUACGAACACGCCGAGGGAGUUUCUUGAUCACUUAGAUGAUGGUACCUGGACGUGUCUCCUGAUUGGAGAUUUCUGGGGGAAUAACGGAUUCACACACGAGAGGUUUCUCUUGGUCGUGGAAUGGUUGGAUGAGAAUACGGCAACCCGGGUUGGCGCCCUUGUACUCGAACAGCAUCCUUAUUUAGAUGCUGCUUAUCCUGAUUUAUUUGAUGAGACUGGUCUGGAUUGGAGAAGUGUUCGGUUGGUUUAA